AUGGAGUCGCUGAUCAGAGACAAGAUCGUCGAUCAUCUGAUGGAGAAUGAACUAAUAAGCGAUUCCCAACAAGGAUUUGUCCCAGGAAGAUCAACUGUUACACAGCUGCUCCAGACACUAGGGGACUGGACAUCCUUACUGGAUCAAGGAAAAGGUGACCAAAGAGAGCACUACAACAUCGGGAGUACAGCACUGAAUGUAGUUAGAGAAGAAAAGGAUUUAGGGAUCAUCAUUGACGACGAUCUAAAAUUCCACAAGCAAGUGUCAAAUGCUGUUAAUAAGGCAAACAGGGUACUGAUCAGCAUAAGACGUACUUUCCAGUGUCUUGAUUCGACCACUAUCCCCAAACUAUUUAAAGGGUUAGUGAGGCCACUCCUGGAAUAUGGAAAUGUCAUCUGGUCACCACAGUACAUUGCUGAUGCUAAGGCUGUCGAGAGAGUUCAGAAGAGAGCAACAAAAGUAAUCUCCAGGAUCAAACAUCUUCCAUACAAGGAAAGGCUUAAACACCUGAAAUUACCAUCCUUGGAGUACAGAAGAAAGAGAGGAGACAUGAUUCAAGUGUAUAAGAUCACUCAUGAAGUCGACAGGCUUAACCCAGACCACUUUUUUCAACUAGCUGACAGUACUACAAGAGGUCAUAGGUACGUCACGGCGGUCUUCAAAUAUGGGACAGGCAUGCAGCCCAAUUCUGGAGGUGCUGGAGACGACAGAUGUGAGCCACUGGUAUUGAAGAAAGAAGACCAUAUGACCAUGACUACAGCAGUCAAGACAAGAACGGAUAAGGGAGCGUAUGGUAUGGCUAGCAGUAGACUGAUCAAUAAACCUACGAAAUCUAGUUAUGCUCCUUAA